CCGGAAGUUCGAAUCUGUGAAUUUCUUUGUAACUUUACCGAAUGGUUGUUAUGUCACUUACCUGUCAUGGCUUCCCCUGUGGCGCUUAUUCAAGGGGGCAGCAGAGGACUGGGGCUUGAAUUCUGCAAAUAUAUCUUAAAAAACAAAACCCACGCUGCCGUUAUAGCGACAUGCCGAAACCCGGAUGGGGCGGCCGAGCUGCGGGGCCUGGCCGGCCAACACCCGGGCAAACUGACGGUCCUAAGGCUGGACGUGAGCAGGGAGGAGGACAUUCGCGGAGCUGCGGAUCGGGUUAAGGACAGCUUCGGUCGGCUGGAUCUGAUCGUCAACUCCUCAGCAAUGCUUCACCCCUCAGGAAAGGGAGAGACCAGCCUGAGAGAAGUCUCUGCUCAGGGCGUCAUUUCCACUUUGACAACCAACACAGUGGGUCCCCUGCUCAUGGCUAAGUAUUUUGCCCCCAUCCUUCAGAAGGGUGGCGGUAGUUUUGGUCAGCAGCCUGCAGAGAAAGCCAAGCAGCACAGUGGCAUCAUCGUCAACAUCACCGCCAAAGUGGGAUCCAUUGGCGACAACGGUCUUGGUGGUUGGUACAGCUACAGAAUGUCUAAAGCAGCUCUCAACAUGGCUACUAGGAAUAUUUCAAUAGAGCUGGGACGCAGUCGGCCCAAGGUGGUCUGUGUGUCCUUACAUCCAGGAACAGUCAACACAGACCUCUCCCGGCCAUAUCACCGGAACGUACCAAAAGACAAGUUGUUCAGUGCAGAACACUCUGUGAACUAUCUGAUGAGUGUUAUUGACACCCUGAAUAUCGAAAAGACUGGCAGGGCAUACAACUGGGAUGGGACUGAACUUCCUUGGUAGAAACAAUAAAUGAACAAAAAGA